GAGUCAUGCGUUAUGGACCCGCAUCACAGUUCAGCUGGUGCUGCUCUGGUCAUUUCCGGUUAGCCGCCUGCUAUCGCCAGUGCUGCUUUACGGCAAUCAGCUGAUCUGACCGGAAGUGAAGGAGCGAGUUGCGUAGAAAGUCCUCAGACAGAGAUCAGUGACUGACACCAGAAUCGGUACCGAUCAGUGGACGGACAUGAGCAGCGCAUGCGCAGAACAGAGGCUGGUGUUCAGCCCCGGGCUCGUGCAGCUGGUCCAGGAUGAGGUCCUGCCCCAGGGCCCGAGGGUUGUGGUUACCGGAGCGACGGGCCUUCUGGGUCGGGCCGUCUGCAGGGAGUUCCAGAACCAUGGCUGGACGGUGAGGGGAACCGGCCUGCGGCGGGCCAGGCCCCGCUUCCUGCGCUGUGACUUGACCGACGAGGACGCCGUGCGCCGACUGCUGCAGGAGACCAAGCCCGACGUUCUUGUCCACUGCGCCGCAGAACGCCGUCCGGACGUCAUGGAGAGAAACGCGGACGCGGCGGUCAGCCUGAACGUCCACGCCUCCAGCACAGUCUCCAGGGAGACAGCCGCCUGCGGUGCCCUGCUCAUCUACAUCAGCACUGACUACGUGUUUGACGGCCGGAACCCUCCGUACGGCGAGGACGACUGUCCCAACCCACUCAACCUGUACGGGCGGAGCAAGCUGGAGGGAGAGAGGGAGGCGCUCAGACACUGUCCAGGCGCUGUGAUCCUGCGUGUUCCCAUCCUGUUCGGGGAGGUGGAGUCUGUGACGGAGAGCGCCGUGACGUCGCUAUGGCAACAGGUCCAGGAGGCGACGGAGGAGCGGCGGGCGCUGGACCACUGCCUGCAGCGCUUCCCCACCGACGCUCGAAACGUCGCCGCCGUCUGCAGGAAGCUGGCUGAGAGAGCGAGACAGCAGGAUCCGUCCAUCCGAGGAAUCUUCCAUUUCUCUGGUAAAGAGCAGAUGACCAAAUAUGAGAUGGCUGUUGCCAUGGCGCAGGCCUUCAACCUGCCGUCCAAUCACCUUGUACCUCUGACGGAGCUGCCUUCCGGGUCCGCUCCUCGUCCAGUCAACAGCCAGUUGAACUGUUCCCGCCUGGAGCAGCUGAACCUGAGCGUGGAGCCGCGAGCGUUCUCCGUCGCCAUCAGCGAGUGUCUGUGGCCGUUCACGGCCGACAAACGCUGGAGACAGACCGUCUUCCACUGAACCCGUCCUGCUGAAACGACACCAAUCCAAUUCAAGCUUCACAAUGAAUGUUUUAGUCUUUUUUUUUUUUUCCUUUUUGAAGAGUGAAACACUGGGAGGGAGGGAGGAAGGGGGGCACCAGCGUCUCCAGAUGAUCUGCUGUGGACACUGAAGUGAUGCUGUCAGUGGAAACGGGUUGAGCUGAAUAUUUCCCCUCAGGCCUUGAUUUAAGUUUAGCUCUGGUUUAGUUUCUGUUAAUGAAUCUGAUUACACUGAUAAAAUAUUACUGCUUGGACUCGAGCUCUACGGUGUCCCACAGAGGACAGGAAAUGACAAUAAAAGAAAGUCAUUCUGAUUUUUGUCUGUCAUCUAAGGUUAAGAUCGAGUUCUGGAGUCCCGACAGCUUCAGACUGGAGGUACGAGGGCAGGUUAUGUGUCCAAUUAUAAAGUCAUGAAGUUUAACUCGAA